GUUUGUGGUGCCAGCAGUCAGCAGUCAGCACCUACGAUGACCCGCCUAAGCCUGAUCGUGUCCAACAAGUUCCGCUCGUCGUCGUUGACGACCAAGAAGGCAUCAACGAUCUUGUCGUCCUUGCCUCGAUUCAACGUUCAGGUCAAGACCGCCAAGACCAGCUUGCCUCCUCGCAAGCUGAACGAAUCUCUGGCCUUUGUCGUCCCUACUCCUGUCAAGCCCACUUUCACCACGGGCACCGCCAUCGAAAAUGCAUUUGCUCGUUAGGUAGUAAUUGCAACUACAAUGGAACACGUUGGCAUUUUGUGAA